UUCUGAGGAAAUUUUGGAACAAUUGAAAGAAAAAUUUGUCACUGCUACAAACAGCGAGAAGCUUCAGAUUCUCACAAUUGUACCGAAGAGUUGGAGUAUUCGCAAAAUUAUGCAGGAAUUCCAAACCAGUGACUGGAUGGCCAGGAAGGCAAAACGACUGGUUGCUGAAAAAGGAAUUUUGUCCUCACCCAAUCCUCGCUCUGGGAAAACUCUCAGCGAAGAUGUCGUCAACCACGUGAAAAGUUUUUAUGACAGUGAUGAUAUCAGUAGACUGAUGCCGGGGAAGAAGGACUGUGUGUCCAUCCGAGAAGGUAACCAACGGAUUAUCUGCCAGAAGCGUCUGCUUUUGUGCAACUUAGAUGAAGCAUACAGGGCAUUCAAGGACAAGUAUCCAGAACUGAAGGUGGGUUUUUCGAAAUUUGCCGAAUUAAGGCCCAAGUAUUGCGUUGUAGCUGGAAGUAGUGGUACACAUUCCGUGUGUGUCUGUACCCAUCAUCAAAAUGUAAAGCUGAUGAUCCAUGCCGUUGACAUUCCUCGUUUUCGUGGAUCCUACAAAAACCUGCUUGCUGAAAUCACCUGUAAUCCUGGCACAACGGACUGUUUCCUGGGAAAUUGUUCUAUGUGUCCCAAGGUUGCUGACCUGAAGCAGCAUAUCAUGGAGGAGAUAGAAGAUGAGGCUAUCGAUGAAAUAUGUUACAAGCAGUGGGUAUCAACAGACAGAUCAACAUUAGAAACCAUGACAGCAGAGGUUGAUUCAUUCUGCGAUCGGUUUUCGGAGAAGCUUCUUCAGCUGAAACGGCAUGAAUUCAUUACUGACCAGCAAGCAAAGUACCUGAAUCACCUGAAGUCAGAGUUGCAGCAUGGUGAAAUAAUUGUUCUUGGGGAUUUCUCAGAAAAUUAUGCAUUUGUUGUUCAAGAUUCAUCUCAGGGAUUUCACUGGACAAAUGACCAAGCAACACUGCAUCCGUUUGUGAUCUACUUCAAAAAAGACAACCAGCUUCUCCAUCUCAACUCUGUUGUUAUCUCUAACAGCCUCAUCCAUGACACCAUCGCAGUUUACUGUUUCCAACGAAGGCUACACAACUACCUUGCGCAGACAAUGCAGGUGCGCAAAGUAUUCUACUUCACAGAUGGAUCUUCUGCACAAUAUAAGAACAGAAAGAACUUUGCAAACUUGACCUGUCACAAGGAUGACUUUUCAUCUGAUGCUGAGUGGCAUUUCUUUGCCACAUCACAUGGGAAAGGACCGUGUGAUGGAUUGGGUGGAACUGUAAAGCAAUUGGUCGCAAAAGCCAGUCUUCAGAGACCAAAUCUUGAAUGCUCAGCAGCUGUAUUCGUGGGCCAAGGUGAAUAUUCCAGGAAUACAGUUUGA